AUGAACACGAUCGAUGAGGAUGAGGCAGCACUGGCGGUGGCGGAGGAGGUAGAGUUGGCGGCGGCGCUCGAGGAGAGCGCGAGGCUGGAGGAGGAGAGGCGGGCGCCCGACGAGAAAGUGUCGUCCUCUUUGGCUGCAGAGAGGCCGCCUUCGGUGGAGGAGGAGGAGCCACCGGACGACUUCAUCUGCCCGAUCACGACUGAGCUGAUGAUUGACCCGGUGAUGGCGGCAGACGGGCACGCUUACGAGCGGACGGCGAUGGAGCGCUGGCUCGCGACCAAGUCGACGAGCCCGAUGACGGGCGAGGCGCUCGAGCACAUCUGUCUCUUCCCGAGCCACAUCCUGCGCCGGAUGAUCCGAGAGUGGCGGGAGGCGCAUCCAGGACGGUAG